AUGCCGUUUAGCGGUGCCAAGAUUUACAAGUUGGAUUGUGUUGAUAUUACGGUGUUGAAGAAUAGUGUAAGUUGCAGCAAAAAAGCUUCUGUUUCAUUUGAAGAUAGCUGCUCUGGUAUUGUGGAUGAAGAUGAUUACCUCACUGAGGCAUUUAGGACUGAAGUUCAAAAGUCUUACUUGUCAAAUGAGUGGGCUAGUUACAUUCAAUGUGGAACCGAAGGAUGUGAGUGGAAUGUCCGUGGUUAUGUAUUGCCUGCAAAUGGAUGCUUUAUUAUUGGUGAGUUGGACAAUGUCCACUCUUGCAAAGGUGUUCUUCAGAAGCAAAAACAUGAGCUUUUGGGAUCGAAAAUUGUCAAGACAUGUAUUGAAGAGGACAUUAGCUAUAACUUGUCAUUGAAGCUGAGGGAAAUUAUCAGCAAGUUCAAGUCAGCUUAUGGGUUUGAUAUAUCAUACAAGGUUGAUUGGAAAAUAAAGCAGAAGGCUAGGGAAAUGAUUUAUUGUUCUGAGGCUGAUUCAUUUAACAUGCUAACUUGGUAUAGGGAAGCUGUGUUUGAGACUAACCUGGGAUCUUCUUUUGUUUUGGAAGUUGAUCCAUUGAGUAAUCGAUUUCAGAGGCUUUUCCUAGCUUAUGCAGGCUGCAUUCAAGGCUAUGAAUUCUGUCUUCCUGUGUUGUAUGUCGAUGGCACUUUUGGGAAGAGUGUCUACAAGGGGCAGAUUCUUUGUGCAACCGGAAAGAAUGGAAAUCAUGGUUUCUUUCCUCUUGCAAUGUGUGUCUGUGAUUCUGAGACGGAUGCUAAUUGGUCCUUUUUCUUCAAACACUUGAAGAGCUUGCUGGAACCUCAUGGUAGAGUGAUUAUGUUUAUUAGUGACCGAGGUGUUGGACUGUUUAGUGCUUUUGAUAAGAUAUUUCCUGGUAAUCCUCAUCUUUUCUGUUACUGA